AUCUCUUUUCUGUCCCCUUCACCUGCUUUUAUAGCAUUAAAAUUGAGAGUGAAAUGGCCAGUCGCUGCUGCUUGGACAUUUAGAAGGGGUAACUAUCAUAAUACUGCUUAUCUAUAUAACAGGAAGUUUCGAUGGUAGGCGACCAUCUCCGUGUCUAUUAUGUUAACGCCUCGUCGCAAAAUUUGCUUAACCCAUUCGCUGAUAAAUGCCUUGAAUCAGUCGCAUAUUUAAACAGCGUUUGCUAAAUCGAUCGAUAGCCUGCGAACAAGCCAAUCGCUGGUCGUGUGUGUGCUUAUAUUUUGAACCGCUUGUUUGACUUCCAAUAGGUCGUUUGUUUAAGCACCAGUUCUAAAAACUGUCCAUUGAUCCAUGUGUUACUUGAUGGGAUUUAAGUGUGUUAUUACAAUAAGAGAUCAUUAUAAGCCUGCGAGUGACCCUGAGUGUUUGUCGGAGAGUGUCGCUUUUCAUCGAGCCAUCCUAAUUAAAACAAGUCUUGCUCCAAUUAGCCGGACAGUUGGUCUCAGCAGACGAUGGCUACUGCCAAGGCAUCAAUAUCAAGGAAGAAGAACUCUUUUCUGAUCAAGGAUAUCUUAAGCGAUGAUACAAUUACAAAGGCUGAUCGCGACGAGCAUGCGAUUGCUAUGAGAAGGCACCAUAGCUUUAACAGGAAUCAAAACUUCCACCAUCAUGAAAGAAAACAAAUGGUGCCUCUUUGUGAACCAGCAUCGCCAUGUUCUUGCCACAGAUCAAGAUCGACAAUGCUAGGGUGUACUUUGCCUCCGAACAUUCACUCGCCAACGCCAAAAUUUCCUUGCGGAUGUCAUGUACCUUCAUCUAGAAAUCAAUGGCCACUAGAUUUCAUCUGUUGUCAGCCUCAACGAAUCAAUCAAUCUCCGCGACACGUCAGUUCAUUGCCUUCCCGAUGUAUUCGAAGCCCAGAGGACACAAGAAGAGAAAGCAUCACAGAGAAGAAUCCAGUGUUAUCAUCGAGCACUUCGGAAGACGACAGCGAGCCAAGGCCUACGAGCACAGAUUUGGGCAGAUUGAAGCCGUUGAGCCCCAGCGAAUCAAACCACUCAGACAGUGAAUUACAACCAGAUUCCAAGAAGCGGAAGAGAAUCCGCGCGGCCUUUUCAGCAGGCCAGGUUUACGAGCUGGAAAGAAUUUUCGAUCGCCAAAAGUACCUUUCUGCGCCAGAGCGCGCUGAAUUAUCCAAGGCACUUAAACUUUCUGAGCAGCAGGUGAAAAUAUGGUUUCAAAACCGUCGCUAUAAAACAAAAAGAAAGCUGAUUAUGAAAUCGGCUGAACAGCUCUACGCUUAUUAUCACCAAAAAUAUAUUCACGAGUAUUCUUCGUCUCCUGUGAACAUUGAAUACCAAGGCAAGCCGUUUCGCGGAUACGAGGAUCAAAGAGGACACCGUUUUGAAAGAGAGUGAAUCUGCUUUCAAUAUGGCUCUGUCCAGCAGCUUGGAUGCUACCACAUGCCAUUGUAAGAGGCUUAGAAGCAAGCAUUUUAAGCACCAGCAUUUGCGUAUAGCACCAGAAAAAUCCGUCUAGAAGAGCACCCGUAUAGAAGAGUAAUGGAACUGAAUUUUCUGGCUGAGAGAGAUCAGUUCUAUAGACUUUCAAGUGCAGAAGUCUAAAAAAUCUUAUAGGUGGUGCCAUUUGUUUAUUUGUUUAUAGAUUCCAUUUGGUCUAAAGGCAUUUAAUUUUAUAAAGUAACUGCAGAAAUGAUCGACUAGCUAAAUAAGAAAGAUAUCCAAUUGCAUAUUUCUGUAUUGCUCACUUACAUUAUGAUAAGCAUCAGAAUUAUAUGUUGAACUUCUAGUCAAGCUGAAAAUGUAAAUAUCCCCUGGCGUCAAACAAUUGAUAUAAUUGCCGUAGCCUCACGUUAUUUGUAAAUGUAACCCCUCUCCUCCUGCGCAGAGUUCAAGCUCGUGUUUCGUUGAUCUUUAUAACCACCUCUUUCUAAGCAAUAGAUAUUAUGUUUCAUGGUAGUUACGAACUGAUAAUCGUGAUAUUGAAAUGAAAUAUACCCCGCUUAUUACUCUAAAUUUCAUUUCAAGAUAUUAGUCAGCAACAAGGUAUAAACAGUCCUUUUUGAAAGAAUGCAACCAUACUCAGAAAUAAGAUAUCUUUUUAUAUGAACAUAAUAUCCUUGGUUUAAAAAGCAUAUCACAAAUGUCUUAUUAAAAUUCAUUCUUAAUGAUUUAGCCUAGUUUAUAAGUGCAAUAAGAAAUAUUUAAUAUGUAGCACAGUGUUGAAAUCUUGUCUUUAAAUAAUACAGUUUUUUACUUGAUAGGAAUUUUAAAAGAAUUAUUUCAUUUAAUUCUCGAUUUAAAUGCUAAUGUUUUCUGAAAUUCGUCUUUGCCACACACAAUCAAGCAACAUAUUAUCUAGUAACACAAGAUAAUUUGAUCCUAUAUUAAAAUUGAGCGCCAAGAAAAUUGUCUAGUAGUGAGCGCCUUCAUUUGGUGUUCAAUAAUCCCAUUGUCUUCAAUUAAAGGAAAUAAUUUCAUAGUAUCAAAGUUGAAAAGAGGCUUCUUGCUCAUUUUCUCUGAAUUUUACAUUAGUCUCAAAACCCUCAUUUAGUCUCAAGUGUGCAGAACGUCAGAAUAAUAAAAUGUGUUAAAAAGACCAUUACUUGAAGUCAGUCCAGCAGCAACCCCUUCUCUCUCUAUAAGCGCCCACAGAAAUUUAGCGCCCACAGAAAUUAAGCGCCCAGUCAUUUAUCUGGGGAAA